AUGGAGUUGGAGAAAACCUACGCGACCCCCCGGGCCGGCCGCACAGGACAUGGAGGCGUGAAUCAGCUGGGGGGUGUCUUUGUGAACGGCCGCCCCCUCCCCGAUGUCGUUCGCCAGAGGAUCGUGGAGCUCGCCCACCAAGGGGUCCGGCCCUGUGACAUCUCCCGGCAGCUCCGCGUCAGCCACGGCUGCGUCAGCAAAAUCCUUGGCAGGUAUUAUGAAACCGGGAGUAUUAAGCCUGGAGUGAUCGGAGGGUCAAAACCAAAGGUUGCCACACCCAAAGUCGUGGAAAAAAUCGCCGAGUACAAGCGCCAAAACCCCACCAUGUUUGCCUGGGAGAUCAGGGACCGGCUGCUGGCGGAGCGGGUGUGUGACAACGACACGGUGCCCAGCGUCAGCUCCAUCAACAGGAUCAUAAGGACGAAGGUGCAGCAGCCACCCAAUCAGCAGGUCCCAGCCUCCAGCCACAGCAUAGCCUCCACGGGGUCGGUGACCCAGGUGUCCUCCGUCAGCACCGACUCGGCAGGCUCGUCCUACUCCAUCAGCGGGAUCCUGGGAAUCGCCUCCCCCGGCACCGACAGCAACAAGCGCAAGCGGGACGAAGGUAUUCAGGAAUCUCCAGUACCAAAUGGCCAUUCUCUCCCGGGCAGAGAUUUUCUUCGGAAACAGAUGCGAGGAGACCUGUUCACCCAGCAGCAGCUUGAGGUGUUGGACAGAGUCUUCGAGAGGCAACAUUACUCUGACAUUUUCACAACAACUGAGCCCAUCAAGCCCGAGCAGUGGUGCUCCAUGCUGAUGAGGCAGUGCGUGGUACAACCGCAGGCAGUCAUUUUUCAGGCAACUGACUACUCAGCCAUGGCCUCAUUAGCUGGUGGAUUAGAUGACAUGAAGGCCAACAUAACCAGUCCCACGUCUGCGGAUUUGGGAGCCAGCGUUCCCGGGCCUCAGUCCUACCCCCUGGUCACAGCUGGUGCUCAGGAGAGCCCUGUGCAAGAACUAGAUGCAGGGCACAUCUUCUGGAGGCAGCAGCUUGUGAAGAGGACUCUGAAGAAGAAGUCCUCAGCUGGAUUCAUGCCGGCACAACCAGUUUCAGGUUCACCUGAGCAGUGGGGCAGCUGGCCCGGAGACACUGGGAAUUCUCCAUCUUCAGAAGUUCCCGAGACCAAGCAGGACCCUGAGCCUGGUGCCUCAGCUUCAGAAGCUCUCCUGGCCACGCCACCCCAGGAUGGAUGA